GGCUUUUUGUCACCAUGGCUUUGUCGAUGAAUGGCGUCAUUGAGUGGAGUAGCAGGAAGCGAUAUCUACAACGGCAACUCUCAAAAUGCGUGAAUGAAUGCAAGAACCAAGCUUCAAGUAGCAAAAGACUUUCAGGUAGUUUGAAAACCCAAGAGACCAGGAAUAAAACCGGACUUCAUAACACUCAUGUGGAUCCGUCAGACGAGUGGGAAAGUGAUGGCUGGGAUACCGACUUUGAUGAUGAUGAGGAAGUAGCUGACCAAGUUGUAUAUAAUCCAACCAUGUCAACGUUCAGUUUAACAACAACAGGAUCUGAAACCUCGGAGCCAUCAACAAUAACUAAACUGCAGGAUAUAAGUGGAAAUAAAACUGUAAUUAGUAUUUCACUCACCAAUGGAGUCGACUAUAUUAGAGAAAGAAAACUUAUAUCAGUUGACAGUGAUGUGUCAGGGUAUUCUGAACCAUUUAGCCAAGUAUCUGAUCACGAAGAAAGUUCUUCUUCGAUGAGUAUCUCUGAUGUAAAUUUAGAAGCAUCAUCGUCAUCAUCAUCAGUCAGUGAAGAACACGCUCCAACUCCAUCGUCAAAGCGGAAGAUACCAAGGCCUCCGGAAACACCAGUCAGUCCUAAACCUUUCAACUCAAAAUCGUCAUUAAAGAACCAAAACCUGAAAUCAGUACUGAGUAGAGGACCUCCACCAUACCAAAGGCCACCCAGUGAACCUCCUCCACCCCCUCUACCCUUCUGUGAUCCUCCGCUACUGUCACCUCUGGAAGAUGAAGUGCAGGAAGAUUAUGAAAUCCCAAUCUGUGGGAAUAAUCCUCCAACCAUUAUUACAGUAUUGGGCACACAUCCUGGCCAAGUUGAAGCAGUGGUGGCCACAUCUCAGUCCUCCAUUACUCUUCUCUCUCCAGUUCCUGGUGUAACUGAAGAUAACGAAAUCCAAGGAGAUACCUAUGAAACAAUUGAGAAGGGUGAAGAAGAAAAUUAUGAAGUAGUGGUAGUAGAAGAAAACAGAUGGUCAGGAUCUUCGUCAUCACUUGCCUCAUCUUCGUCAGAUAGACCACCUCUACCAGAUAAAGUGAAGAAAUAUCAAGAUAUCCAAAUCUCGCACAAUAUUUCAGAUCCCCAUGUUGAUCUCGAUAGACCGAAGCUACCGAGAGGUAAGGACAGUCUUAAGUCAAGCGAAGAACAGUCACAAACAUCUGUGACUGGAACAAUAAGUGGACUUCUCUCAUCUGUUCUAACCAAUCGUAGCCUCCGCAAAACCUCACGAGAUCAAAGCAGCAGCAGCAGUGGUGAUUCUACAUCCACAACAGGCAGUUACUCAUCUCGAGCAGCAACUCCAGAAAAAACUGAAUUCAUCUCAAGUGUUCAAGGACCUCAGCUCCCUGUAAAAACAGUAACAUCUGUAUCAUUUCCAAAAUAUAAUGCACAAUUCUUCAUGGAAGAGACAGGAACAAAUGCUGCUAGCAGACCACUCCCUCCGGUUCCCACAGUACCCCAGCCCUACCAGGAUUCAAGAAAGGAUCAGGACCCAUUACUUCUGUAUCCAUGGUAUCAUGAUAUAGAGAGAGACAAAGCAGAAAAGUUGCUACAGAAACAAGGAGGUGAUGGCUUCUAUCUCGUCAGACCAAGCCGCCGAGCUGGACAAGCUAACCCUUACACAUUGACCAUACUCUACACUGGUCGUGUAUUUCACUUAAACUUGAGAGAACGUCAAGAUGGUUUAUAUGCUUUAGGAAAAGAAAAAACCAGGGAAAAGACUUUCUCAACUGUAGCUGAGUUGAUUGGUUUCCACCAAAAGGAACCUAUUCUUCUAACCACCAAAGGAGAACCUGCUGGGAAAACCUGCCUCAAUACCACCUUAUCAAAAUCGUAUUAGUUUCUUAACUCCGAGAUACCACCAUCUAGCUCUCCUGCAAAGAAGAGUCAGUGUUUCAGAACAUUAAUAGUUUAUUUAUGAGAGAAAAUAUUAACUCGUGUGACUAGACUAAAGUAGAGAGAAUUGGUUAAGAAAAAUGUCCAAGAUUCCACUUGGGAAAGUAAUCCCAUACCACGACCAACUGAGAACUACAGGCGAAUCCAGUUCUCCUAAGCCUAGUUAGGUUCAAUCCAUAUUAAUCUUAUUUCUAAGCUUGGCUUGAGAUUGUUUAACGAGGAAUUAAUAUUUUCUUCUUAGAGUUCCUUAAAUCUGUUUGAAAAAAGAGAUUAAUCUAAUGAAUUUUAUUAGAUGACUACAGCUUAGGUACUAUACAGACAGGCAGACGCAGCCAACACAAUCUAUGCAUUGUUGUCAUGGUGAGAAGCCCAUGUGAUCACUUAAGUUUAAUUAUUAACUAGUUUGUAUUGUACAAUACAGGUGCUAUCUUCAGGAAAGUCCUGAAAAAUGAUUCAAUCGUGGUUCUUCUUGAUAGAGAGGCUGAGUUAUAUGGAUGUAGCAUUGUUCUUUUAUCAUUCCUUUUCUUGUGCGUGUGGUUUAUAUCCAAUUAUUUUAGUGUUAUUCUAAUUUAUCAUAUGGUUGUUUUCUCCGGUAUAAUGGACUAUUACAGAUAGCUGUGUAUAUUACUGAGUCUUUUAUGUCCAACUUUGUUGUUCUUUGUUUAUCCAGUGUGUUAAAAGUUCAAAUUCACAAAGGAUGUUGUAAGUGGUGUUUAUGAUCGCCAAUAAGUCUUUAAGAAGUUUAGUCUUGUGAUGGUAUUGUGUUGUGGCUUCUGCAUACUUUUCUGACUUCUUGAUGUUUACAGACACUCCAUAUCUUUACAGAGAGACCUUUGACCUAGGGCUGUAAUGUUCUUCCUGCUUAUUCUUGGAGUUUAAUUUCAUUCGCUUCUUCUUUAUGAAGCAUCCUGGAUAUCUAUUUCAAUGAGUGUGUUGUACCAAUAUGUUUGUCUUCAAUAUUACAAAUAUUGUUCAUUCUUGAAACUAGGCGGGGUAUGGAACCAUUCUUUCCAGUGUUUGAUGUAUAUUCCAGGUAUUUACUGGUAUCUGUGGGUUUCCUGUAAACUCCUGUAGUAUACGAGUUAGGUAGCUUGGUAACGGUCUAUGAAUACUGUUUCAACUGUGAAUCUUAUUGUGACAUGAGUUUAGUUUGACUGAACUCCAUUUAUAACAACCAUCUGCCAUCCAACCAGCCAGUUUUCUGUCCCUCACAACCUACAAAGAUAACUUCUUUAAAAAAAGAGAAUUUUAUGUGGCACCUUAUUAAAUGCUUUUUGAACAUGCAGGUACACCACACGUACCCUAAUCUACAUAAGCAGUAAUCUCUUCGAGUAAAAAUAAUGGCAGGAAUGGUGUCUUAACUUAAAUCCCAGUUAGAAACCAACUUUGUGGUCAUUAGAAACGAAAUCACUCUCUAGGCUAGUAUUUUAACGUUUACCUUUGUCUUCAUCGCAUCCAUACGAAUUUUUUUUCUUCACGAUUUACUUCGUGAGGUUGACACUACUACUCUAAUCAACGUCGAAAACUGGUUUGUAAAUUAAACCGAGUGUUUGUGAACGUGUUCAUUCAAAAGAAUGAUUGAUUAUUGAUGUUUUAACUUAAAAUCGUGAAGAAAAGAAAUAUUUUGAUAUAAAUACAUGUUUCUCAUUUACUACUAAAGUUUGUGACAAUUGAAUAAAACGUUUUAAAGGUUAAAAUGGCGGUAAAGAACAUAUUUUCUGGCAGAUAGGAGCCUCACAGAUGCUAAUUCCGGUACUAUUUUUACUUGACCUAAACAUUACUACGGCAGUCUUAAUGGUGAUAAAAAGCUCUUAAGGUAUUGGUCACGUGGGCGUCCGCAGAAAUUUAUCCGGGGGGUGGGGGGGUGUAGUUUCAAAUUGUGAAUUGAAUAAACAAUUCAAAUACAUAUGCUGAAUGAAUAAAGAAAGAAUUGUGUUUCCAAGAGGGAGCAAGUGCCUCCUCUUGUCCCCCCCCCUGCGGACGCCCAUUAGUGAUUAUUAAUACAAUACUAACAUUUAAGACAUUCUGUGUAAUCUCCAAGCUGACUAUCGUUUUUGCAAGUUGUUUUUUAAGAGAAUACAAAACACGAUUUUUGUAUAACACAUUUUCUCCUUAAAUGUCAUGUGAUUGGUCAUCACGUGUUCAAUUAGCUUUUACUGAAAAAUAACAUUAAAACAUUUUAUAAAAGAUAAUUUUUUGCUCUGAUGCUCCAAUGUGCCUUGAAGACGUUUGUAUAAUAACCUGCCCCCCCAAGUGGCACAGCGGUAUGUCUGCGAACUUACAACGCUAGAAUCCGGGUUUUGAUACCCGUGGUGGGCAGAGCACAGAAAGCCCAUUGUGUAGCUUUGUGCUUAACUUCAAACAA